UCGGAAGUUAAUUUUGCCGAAGGUUUCAACACUUGACAUAGUAAUUAUACAUACAUUUAAAGUUUACAUUAACAUUGCUUUCUGACAUUUUUAUUUACUUUAUAGUGUUGUUUCGAUUGCCUUGCGAAUUCAAGUUGUUAAAGGGAUCAACGGAAAAACUCGUCCAUUCUUCAUCAAUAGAUUAGAAGUUCGUAUCGUAUUAUCGCUUUACAUUAUUCUUUUUGCGUUUCAAAUUUCUUGUUUCCUAAUCAAUCAAAGUUCAUGUCGAAAUUUAUUGGAUAACAAAUUCUCUGGAUUUUUAACGGCCGUACCGUAAUACCGUUUCAAACGAAUUAUAAACGUUUCUUGUAUGACGAAUUAUAAAGAGUCUUCACGCUACGUAGAUUUGUACACGCUUUUCUAAGUACAAUCUAUAUUUGAUGCCAACACUACUUAUAACUGGACAUAAUCCUAUUUAAAGUGCUGGUGUCUGUACUGUACAUAGAAAUGUACAAUAGUAACUUUCAAAGACCUUACUAUAAAAUUCUGUUUCUUGUGAAUGUUAUAUGGGCAAUCGCAGAAACUACAAGGCGUCACUACAUGAUUGACAUAUUGUUCCUUAAAAACUUUUACGUGAAACUCAGGUCACUUGAAGCCGCAUGAGCGCUGUCAACAAUGAUAUUAUGCGUGGUAUGGAAUACGUUCAAGGUUCUUAAUUACGUCACCGUCCGAAAGUCGCUGUAGGCCAAGGCCAACAAACGGUAAUGCCAGACAACUGUAUGCGCAUAUUCGAUAUGCGUUUGAUUUUAUUAUUUGUUCCGGUUGGCUGCAGCUUGAGCAAGAAUUUAUUCUUGAAAUAUUCGCGUAUUUACCGCAGAUUUCGGAUGGAAUGUGAAGGAUUUACAGGUUUAAUAUAGGUUAUGUUUACGCACAAAAUCAUGUUCAGAGUAUGUUUGUAUAAUUUAUUUCCAAUUUGAGCUAUAAAACAAGUAUUUUCCAAUAUAAUAUUUGAGCGUUCUUUAUCAAAAAAAUAUGUAAAAAAAUAAAUUAGAUGCAAUUUUUUAUCACGGCGUGCGACCUUCACGGUAAUUUGGGAUAGUUCGUAAAAAAAACAAAAAAAAAACAAAUGACAUUAUUUUGGCAGAUGUCAAACUGGGUCACAUUGUAAGCGGAUUCUUGAUAUCAAAUAUCAAUACUAUGCUAUCAAUAAGUGAAAUUUGGCUGAUUAAGUAAAAAGCACUUAAGAUAUCCAAAAAAAAAUACACCAACUUAUUUUCCAUUUUUAAACCAUUUUGUUAUCUUAGAAAAUGGCGCGUGAAAUAUUUAUUCCACGAAUUAUUCGCAAUCAACCCGUGUUAUAUAGGUAAGUUUUACAAUUUUCAGACAUCUUAUAUUGUCAGGUAGUACAAUAUUAUAGAUGUUAUUACUUGAAUACUAAACAUUGGAACAAAAUUGUAGUACCGUAAGAAGUACGGUUAAACCAUUAAUGGUGUUAAAUAUAGAUAGUUAAUUUUGCCAAUUUUAUUAUGUAAAUAAAAUCCCAAAUACAAAGACAUUGUGACCUCGUGCGUCAUUAGUAGAAGUCGAAGCCAUAAAACAAAGAAAAACGUAAACAAAUCUGAUAUAAUAAACUCGGGAGUAGUUGUGUACAAGCCAAUCACCUACAUCAAAAUUUCAUAUAAAAUAUUAACAGAACUAUUAAGUUUUCUGGCUUUCUUCUGUUCAUACGUGGAAGUCAUUCUCAUGAAAUUGUAAUUUAGCAAAGUGUACUUGUAUUUUUAUUUACUUCAACGUGUCAGAAUGACCUUGACCCACUUAAUGUCAUCGCGUCACUCGGGAAAGUUGCGUAGACGCAGGUCUUACCUAACUAACUGAGCUCGUCUUGAAAUACUUAGCCAAGUAACAGCUGUUAUGUAAGUGAAUGUAGAAUUGUAGACAGUCAAUUGGAUACAAUUGAAAUAAACGGUGACACCAAUUGACGGUUAUGAUGAGUCAUUUAUUAGUGUUUUUUAAUUAUAAGAUGAUGGUUUUGUGUAUGAUAGGAUUUUUAAUACAAUUAAUGUUAUUUGUCUAAAUACCCAUGACGGCCAUGACUAAUUAAGAAGACAAUUUUUAACCAACUAAUUUUCUUUUCGCAGAGAUCGAAGGGAACAGGAGCAACGAGAAAUGCUGGAGAAGCAACAGAAAGAGAGAAAGAGAGAGAACGGAUAGAACAGGAACGAGAGAGGGAGAGAGAAAGGGAAAGGGAGAGGGAGAAACAAGAGAGGGAAGACAAAGAAAGGAGGGAUCAAGAAAAUGCCGCUUCCAAAUUAGUUUCAAGACAUUUUGAGGAAUCUCUCAGGCUGGCGAAUCAGAAGCGGGAGCGCAUGUCGUGGUCGCUACUGCACAGCUUGGGGUCGAGUCGCGGUGCGCCCGCGCCGGAACACGAGCGCCUGCGUGCGCCGCCCAGCGAGCGCGCGUACUACUCCCCGCCCGGACACCCGCCCUCGCACCCCGCGCACCCGUCGCAUCCCGCGCACCCCUCCACCCGGCCGCCAGCCACCUCGCCCGCGGACUACCACUCUCAACACGCCCGCAUUUCCAUCCCUACUAAACCAGACAAAUCCACGUCCCACCCGUCCUUACCUAAGGGGGAACCUAACUUCGCUCCCUACAACUAUCCUCCCUAUCGAUAUGACAAACUCAAGGACCAACACCUACCGGCGCCGCCACCGUUAGUCCCCGAGAAGAACUCUGUGAUAGUAAAGCACGAUCCCAAACAAAUUCACCUCGAACAGAAGCAUCCUUACCCGAGCAAACCUCGGAGUGAGCCCAACCCACAUUACCUUCCAUCAAGAACAUACAGGACGGGUCCAUCACCACAUGCGCCGCCACACCCGCAUCCGACGUUGCAGACAUCGCCACACGCUGCUCUGCCCGCACAAGACAAAAAUGCACGGCGGAUGUACCAACCCCCGCCUCCGCGGUCUCCCGCGUAUUACCAAACAGUACCACCCCCUGUCAAACCGAAGGUGUCGAGUCCUGCGCCACCACACAUAUAUGGCAAGCCUCCGUGCAAUUCACCGGGACCAGGACCCGGUCCAGCACAUUACGCUGUCGCUGUCGAACCUCCCAUGCCACACGCCAAGGUAGAGCAGCCCCCGGUCCCGUACCCACCGCCCUACGCACAACGCACCCGGCCACCUCCUCCCGCACAUUCGCGUACCCCCGAGCCGCGUCCUCCACAACGCGCGGUCGUAGACUCCAAUUCUACGUCGCCUUGCCAGCUGCAGCCGUUAGAUCUGGGUAUGGUGCGUGAUGACCCUGACCGUCUGUCGCCAAGACGUCGUGGUGCAACAGAUACCCCUGAAGCCGACGCCAAACGGAGAAGACUUGAAGAACCACCAGCGCCUGAACCCUUGAUUGCGGCGGCCGCUGGUGCUGGUCGGACUCCUCACGGAUCUGAACCAGCGCCACAGGCGCCAGGCCCACCUUGUGACGUGCGAGUUCCGUCUGCUGAUGGUAGCGUGGCAACGCCAGAGCGAGCUGCUGGAGCGUCCCCAGCCCCACACCUAACGCCGGCGGCGAGUCCAGCGCCGGCGACACCCGUCCCCCCUGUGGCCGCGUCACCCCCGGCCGCAGCAGCGCCGCCGCCGGCCCCCACGCCACCCGCGCCGCCGGCCACGCCACCCGUAACGCCCGGUACUGAAGAUUCCGCGGCGAAGGCAGCCCAGUCCCCACGCGAUGGGGCUAGCGGUGCGCCUGUCCGACAUCUCGGCAAGAAGGCCUGGCUACAGAGACACGAAACCGCACCAAUCGGUGAGGGUGAUUGUUCAGGAGGUGGCGGCACGUGUAUAACCUUACCUAUGACGAUUACAAGAGUAUCAGAACCUGACGAUUCAAGUUCAAAUAUAGUCGUGCCCGUAGCUGCCAAGUCAAUCCAGCGCGGUGCGCGUAAAACUUCAAAGCCGAGAAAGCCAAAGGAAGCUAACGGACGCGUCGAUGACGCCGAAGAAGACAGCUCGAGCUCCGACCGUGAAUCUACAGCACCCCCGAAGCGUAAGCCACCAAAAGCUAAACGGAAAAAGGGUGCAGUCGCACGAAAAGCUAGCGACGAGUCUAAAAGGAAGAAGGCUUCUGAAAGUGGGAGUGAAAGCGAUAAGGAGAGUGACGACAAAGACUCUGACUCCGGCGGUAGCGGGAGCGGAAGCGGUAGCACGUCUAGCCGUCGCGGCGGUGCAGGCCGAGCGCGAGGCAGAAGGACGCGCGGCGGCGGGCGCGGCGGGCGGCGGCGGGACGAGCCUCCGCGGCGCGCGGCGGCCGGCUCGCCCGCCUCGCGCGCGGCGCCCGACAGCUUCCUGCAGAACGGGCCGUGCUUCGAGGUGGCGCCGCGCCUCGCCAAGUGCCGCGAGUGCCGCUGGUCACCUGCGCAGCGCGACAAAGACAUGCCCAACAUCUUUUGCCGUUUCUACGCGUUCAGAAGACUGAAGUACGCCAAAAACAGACAGCUGGCUAUCGCCGGCUUCUCGGAUCCCUACAAAGACGCUGAAGAGGAUGACAAAAAGCUAUGGCUAUCGUCUUCCGCUGGCGCUGCUGAGUUAGAUAUCGAGAUGAGUUGCUUCCUUCUGAGGGAGAUCGGAGACCAGUUCUGUGAACUGCUACAACAGGAGAAGGAGGCUGAAUCCCAUCACUUAAAUGAUGAUAAGACGAUAGCAUGGAAGCGAGUCGUACAGGGUGUUAGAGAAAUGUGCGAUGUUUUGCGAAACUACUUGUUCAACUUCCAUUGGACUUGCGGCAAAUGUGGCUUCGUCGUUUGUUUGGACUGUUAUAAGUCUCGGACAUCCGGCGCGAAAACUGCCAGCGUUACAACUGAAACGAAUAAUACGGCGAAUGCAAACAGCAACGGCGAGAGGGAUUCAUCGGGUGAUUGGCUGACGUGCACGUCGGGCGGCGCGCACCCGGCGCGGCGGCUGCUGCUGACGCAGAGGGCGGGCGGCGCGCUGGGCGCGGCGGGGCGCGCGCACGCCCUGCGCUCCGCCUUCUCGCUGCCGCCCUGCGCCUGCGGGGCCGCGCCCGCGCCCGCGCCCAACACCAAGGCCACGGCCAGGCGCCUGCUCGCCAAGGCGCUGCUUAAGAAUGUUAAAAAGGAGGAUGUUAAAGAGGAAACGGCGCCCGCCAACGGCUCGUCGCCGGUUAAGUCAGAAAACGGCAAAACCGGCAGCUCAGUCGUUAGCUGGCUGUCUGACCUGCCGCUCAAGACUGAAGCUGAAGACGAAAAAUCAGAAUCUAGUUCUUCCGAUUCAGAGGAAGGCGGCAACUUCUCCACACUACGAGAACUGCUCAUCCGGCCGGCGCCAGAGGGUGGUGAAACACAACCUAAGAAAAAACAAAAGAAGAACAAGAGCGAUAUCCUUGAUGACGUUAUAUCUAGCGUCGUUGAAGAGAAGAAGGACGAAGACGGCGAGGUGAAACCAUUCGCGCUGGCCAAUGUUGUGAAGCGGUACGACCGCAGCGGCCGCAGCCGGGAGGAGCUGCCCAUACGCAUCAUGACGCUCACGGAGUCCAAGCUGCUCUACCCCGACGUCCCGCAUGCGUGGCUCUGCGACGGCAAGCUGCUGCACCUUACUGACCCCAUGCAUCCUGGCAAUUAUAAACCAUUCCAGGACCAGUGGAAACGUGGUCAACCAGUUCUAGUCUCAGACGUAUCAACCAUUCUCGAUAAAGACUUAUGGAGUCCCGAGAGUUUCUCUCGUGACUUCGGUGACACUCGUGUCGACUUGGUGAAUUGUGCGUCCGGUUUAGUAGUGCCGUAUCAACUGGGUAGGAAAUUCUGGGAUGGAUUUGAUCUAGCCGCUAAGCGGUUACGUGACGAACGCGGUGCCCCAAUGGUGCUUAAACUGAAAGACUGGCCGCCGGGCGAAGACUUUGCGGAACUCCUCCCGGCGCGCUUCGACGACCUAAUGCGGGCGUUACCCCUCAGCGAAUACACAUCUCGCACCGGAAAACUAAAUCUGGCCGCGCGGCUACCGGAGUGCUUCGUGCGACCCGACCUCGGACCCAAGAUGUACACGGCGUACGGCGGCGCGGGCGGGACCACCAACCUGCACCUGGACGUGAGCGACGCCGUCAACGUCAUGGUGCACGCCAGCGCGCCCGGCGACGCGCAGGAGCGAGCGCGGGAGGCGGCGCGUGCGGCCGAGGAGGCCGGCGUCGACGUGCUGUCCCGCCGCCGCGCCAGGGUCAAGCCGCCCGCCGCGCUCUGGCACAUCUAUGCUGCUAAGGAUGCCGAUAAAAUCCGUGAUUUCCUAGUCCGAGCUGAAUUAGAGCGUGGAGCGAGACCUCUACCUCAACAUGACCCCGUGCACGAUCAGACUUGGUACCUGGACGCCGCGCUGCGCGAGCGCCUGUACCGGGAGUACGGAGUGGAGGGCUACGCCAUCCUGCAGUGCCCCGGCGACGCCGUGUUCAUCCCGGCGGGCGCGCCGCAUCAAGUGAGGAACCUUCUAGACUGCAUCAAGGUUGCCGAGGACUUCGUGUCGCCCGAGAACGUCUCUCGGUGUUUCGAGCUCGCGCAACAGUUUAGACGGUUGUCUCGCCAGCACUCUAAUAAAGAAGAUAAGCUACAGAUUAAGAAUAUUGUGUACCACGCGGUAAAGGAUUCUCUGUGCUGCCUAGAGGAGGCGCUCGCCGAAGCCAAGUGAAGACGAGCGGCCCUCCCGCAUUUGAUCUCAACCUCGAACGUAACAUUAAUUGCUAAGUUCCGCAUUUAACGUAAGAUUGGGAGCGAGUAUGAUACGCGCUGUGCGCCGUUUCGUGUAUAAGAUGCCAUUGUUAAGCGUCCGAGUCGAUUGUGUACCAGUUAUGUGUGUAAGUGUACUCGAAAUGUGAUUUAGUCCGACGGUCGCGAUCGGAGUAUGUGCAAUGUAAAUUAGUCUGAUUAUGGUGAUAUCGUUGAGAUGUGGAUAUGUUUUAUGUUCCUUAAUUGAAAUACAAAUAAAACUCUUCAGGUUAUUUACAGCUUAAUUGUAGCUAUAGUGAUAUGUAUGUAUUGUGUAAAUUUUAAUUCGAAUUCCAUCGAGUACAUAUUAAGAAUUGUAUACUUUUAAGUUAUUGUAUUGAAAUAAAUAAACGUAUUCGCUCGAAGCAUUGUACAUUACAACACGGCAUGUAGAUAAGUUUAUCCUAUUACUAGAUUUCUCAAUUUGGUUAUGUUACAAAACGAUAGUGACAAUUUCUUUUUGUCCUUAUUGCUGUAUUAGGAAGUUUUUUUUUGUACUGUGUAUAUUAUGUAUGGUUAUAAGUUGGAAUAAAAAAAGAUGUUUAUAUGAAA